UCUGCCCCCAAGGAGCGCCCCAAACCUAACACUGCCAACCCACUCUUCGGCAAGGCUCUCGCUGGUGUCAAGGACCGCGCAUCGUCCUCGACUCCCUCUACAGCUGCUGCCUCAGACAAGGCAGACGCAAAGCCUGCUUUAGCAGACCCUCCCCAGCCCGAGGCCGAGGCCAAGAACGACGAAAGCAAGACAGUGAUGGACGACGGUGAGCCACACACACACGCUGACCCACGACGCAAGGAGGCGCUGACCCCAGGUUGGGGCAACCCCACAGAGACGGGCGGCGCUGAUUCGGGCGGCGCGGAGGAGGAUGUGACGGGCCUCAUUUCAAAUGACUUCCAGGUCGAGGUCAAGCUUGCCGACCAGCAGGCAGACCCAAACUCGCCCCUUUACUCGGCCAAGACGUUCGAGGAGCUCCCGCUCCAUCCCGACUUGCUCAAAGGGAUCUACGCAUCCGGGUUCAAGAAGCCCUCCAAGAUCCAGGAGAACGCCCUCCCCCUUCUACUGGCCAACCCGGCCACCAACUUGAUCGGCCAGUCCCAGUCGGGGACUGGCAAGACCGCCGCAUUUUCUUUGAAUAUGCUCUCGCGUGUCGACCCUGCGAUUACAUCGCCCCAGGCCAUCUGCCUUGCCCCAUCUCGCGAACUCGCGCGCCAGAUCAAGGUUGUCAUCGACACUCUGGGUCAGUUCACGUCCAUCAAGACCUUCCUCGCCGUCCCAAAGUCUUGGCGUCGCGGCAUUCGCAUCACCGAUCACAUCCUCGUCGGCACUCCGGGCACGCUCGUCGACAUGCUUGGCUCACGCGUCUUCGACCCAAAAAUGAUUCGUGUCUUUGUUCUUGACGAGGCGGACGAGAUGAUUCAGCUGCAGGGCCUUGGCGAUCAGACCUUCCGCAUCAAAAAGGUGCUGCCGCCUGAGAUUCAGAACGUGCUGUUCUCUGCUACUUUCCCCGAGGAAGUGCAGGAGUUUGCGCAGCUCUUUGCGCCAAACGCGAACCAGAUCUACCUGCGGAAGGAGGAUAUUACUGUUGACGCCAUCACCCAGCUCAAGCUAGAGUGCGAGAACGAGUCGGCCAAGUUUGACGCUCUUUCUGCGCUCUACGACGUUAUGUCCAUCGGACAGAGUAUUGUCUUCUGCAAGCGGAAGGCCUCAGCGGACGAAAUCACCAGCCGCCUCGUCUCGGAGGGUCACUCUGUGGCGUCCCUCCAUGGCGACAAGUUGCACGAUGAGCGUGACAAGGUGCUCGAUGGAUUCCGCGACGGCAAGACGAAGGUGCUCAUCACCACCAACGUUGUUGCGCGCGGGAUCGACAUCCAGCAGGUUAACAUGGUCGUGAACUAUGACGUGCCCGACAUGGGGCCUGAAGGCAACUGGGAGCCGGACAUCGAGACUUAUAUCCAUCGUAUUGGCCGUACGGGUCGUUUUGGCCGCAAAGGGCUUGCGGUGACAUUCAUUCACGACGACCGUUCUCGUAGAGACGUGGAGACGAUUCAGUCGAGACUUGGCAAGCCCAUGAAGCGUAUUCGUGUGGACAAGGACCUCGACGCGCUCGAGCAGGUGCGUGUGCCCUCAGUCUCCGCUAACUAUCAGGCUCUCAAGGCAGCCACCAAGUCGGCUGCGUCGAGUUGA